CCAAAUGCCAUGGAUGUAUUCAAUUUCACCUACUGGAAUGCCUCCGAAGGCAAUGACACAGAAGUCGUGGCAGAGAAGGAAAGCGCCUACAAGACCGUGGAGGUGGUGUUCAUCGUGCUGGUGGCCGGCUCCCUCAGCCUGGUCACAGUCAUUGGAAAUAUUCUGGUCAUGCUUUCCAUCAAAGUUAACCGGAACUUACAGACCGUCAACAACUACUUUUUGUUCAGUCUCGCAUGCGCUGACCUAAUUAUCGGACUGUGCUCCAUGAACUUGUACACAGUCUACAUAGUGAUAGGCUACUGGCCCCUGGGGCCCGUGGUGUGCGAUCUGUGGUUGGCCUUGGACUAUGUUGUCAGCAACGCGUCUGUCAUGAAUCUCCUCAUCAUAAGCUUUGACAGAUAUUUCUGUGUCACCAAGCCCCUCAGCUACCCGGUCAAAAGGACCACCAAGAUGGCAGGGAUGAUGAUCGCUGGAGCCUGGGUCCUGUCCUUCAUCCUCUGGGCGCCCGCCAUUCUCUUCUGGCAGUUCAUCGUGGGUGGGAGGACAGUUCCGGAGAGAGAGUGCUACAUCCAGUUCUUCUCGAACGCCGCCGUCACGUUCGGCACCGCCAUUGCCGCCUUUUACCUGCCGGUCAUCAUCAUGAUUCAGCUCUACUGGCAGAUCUCCAGGGCAAGCAAGAGUCGUGUGAAGAAGGAUACCCGCAAGCCGUCAGGAGCCACCCCCGAACCCCUGUCACCUGGCAAGAGGAGGAACAACACGCCCAAACCCAACAACAACAACGUACCAGGGGAGGUGGCGGUGCGUUCCCAGAUCCCAAAUUCUGACGCUGGGGCCCACGAGCAUGAUGGAAAACUGCAAAAUGGUAAAGGACCCUCCUCAAAUGCCGAGGGAGAAGCAGAAGGAGAUGAAGGGGCAAGAGAGAAUUGUGCUCCUGGAGAAGAGAAGGAGAGCUCCAACGACUCCACAUCAGGGAGCGCGGCAGCGUCCAAUCAGAGGGACGAGGAGGUGGUGCCGUCCACGGCCAACUCAAGCCUCGAGACGAGCCAACCGCCCCCACGUCAGCGAGCCAAGGCAGGGGCGUCCAAGCUGACCUGCAUCAAGAUCAAGACCAAAUCACCCAAGAGCGACUGCUACACGCCGUCCAACGCCACCGUGGAGAUCGUGCCGGCCUCCGAGCGGCAGAAUCACGUGGCCCGAAAGAUCGUAAAGAUGACGAAGCAGCCUCCCAAGAAGAAGAAGGCGCCGCCGUCACGGGAGAAAAAAGUGACCCGCACCAUCAUGGCCAUCCUGGUCGCUUUCGUAGCCACCUGGACUCCUUACAAUGUGAUGGUGCUCAUCAACACCUUCUGCUCCAGCUGCAUCCCCAACACAAUGUGGACUAUCGGCUACUGGCUGUGCUACAUCAACAGCACCAUCAACCCGGCCUGCUACGCUCUGUGCAAUGCCACGUUCAAAAAGACAUUCAAACACCUUCUCCUCUGCCAAUACAAGAAUAUUAGGUCCGCCAGAUAA